AAAGAGAUGAAAAUUAUUUGUGGCUCCCUUCAUAAUCUUGUGUUCGUGUGUGUGUGUUGCGUUCUUGCUUUUGGGUUUUACGAAAUAUAAUUUUCAUUUCUUUUUCUUGUUUUUUGUAUGUCGAACGACCACAACGGCAACAUUAUCAUCCGCACAUAAUAUUCAACAUCAUCGAUUGAAGAAGCAGCAGCAGCAAAAGAAAGUCAAAUUCGAGGAUAAUUCAACUCUGGAAUUGAAAUUCAUUUUGUUUUUCUAUCGUUCAAAUAAAUCAAAAAAAUCAACUAAUAAAAAUGGCAAAUAAAGAUGAAAAAUAUGGUGACAAACAAUCUGGUUGGCAAAAAUUUUCAAAAUUUUUAUGGAAUGCUGAAACUGGUGAAUUUUUGGGCCGUACUGGUGGCAGUUGGUUCAAAAUUACCGUUUUCUACAUAAUUUUCUACUUAUGUUUGGCUGCUUUCUGGGCAUUAAUGUUGUUGAUAUUCUACCAAACAAUCGAUUAUCGUGCACCAAAAUAUCAAUUGGAAGAAAGUAGAAUCGGAGCUAAUCCAGGACUCGGUUUUAGACCAAGACCAAAAGAUGAAAAUAUUGACAGUACAUUGAUUUGGUUUAAAAAUGGCAACAAUGAAGAUAAUUGGAAAUAUUGGUCGGAUAGUCUUCAGGAAUUUUUAGAUCCAUACAAAAAAUCAACAAUUGAUGCUGGUGCUCAUGUUGAAAAUUGUGGCGAUAACCAAAUGGCUAGUGAAGGCAAAUUCUGUCAUUUUGAUAUCAAUACCAUUCCAAGCCAAUGCUCGGUGGAAAAUCAUUUUGGUUAUCAACGUGGCGAUCCUUGUGUUUUGAUCAAAUUGAACAAGAUUUUCAACUGGAAACCUCAAGCAUUUUCAGAAAGCGAAUUAAGAGAUUCACACAUUCCUGAUGUUGUUCGAAAAAGCUAUCCAACACGUCCGAAUAAUGCCAGUCAAUUGAUCUAUAUCACUUGUGAAGGCGAAAACGCUGCCGAUAAAGAAAAUGUUGGUGAAAUUGAAUAUUAUCCACAACAAGGAAUCGAAUUUAAAUAUUUCCCAUUCACCAAUCAACCGGGUUAUUUAUCACCAUUUGUUUUUGUUCAUUUCAAAAAACCACAACCCGGUGUAUUGAUCAAUGUUGAAUGUAAAGCCUGGGCACAUAAUAUCAAACACAAUCGUAUGGAUCGUGAAGGAAGUGUUCAUUUUGAAUUAUUAGUUGAUGGUUUCUAAAAUUCUAAUUCGAAACAAAACAAAACAAAAAAUUCUAAACUCACAUAAAAAACAAUAACGAGAUAUAAAAAAAAUUACCAAUAUAAAAUUUGGGCACCUUUCUUAUUAUUUCACCACCAAGAUUAUUCUGAAUUCUUUUCUCUUUUUUCCUUUUUUUCUCUCUCUCUAUAAUAUAUCUGUUCUGUUAUUCGGUUCCUUUUAAAUUAUUGUUUUCACUAAUUAUUAUUAUUAUAUUUCCUUUUUGUUGAAUCUCGGUCGCCUAAUGCAAAAAAAA